CACUGUCUCGCUUUGUGAAACACUACGGGCACAAGACGGUUGCUGAGUGAGAGAGAAGUGUGAACGAGUUCAGAAACAAUCCCAUCGAUAAGAGGCAGACGACGGAUGCUUCCGACACGGGCCUAGGAGCCGUGCUGAGCCAAAGCGUCCAUGGUCUGAACACCCUGUCAUGUUCCUGAGCUGGAAACUGCUGGAUCAGGAGACCAGAGAAAAAGCAAAAGCUGCUGUUUACUGUAACAUCUCAAUGGUUGUGAAACGGGACACCUGUGAUGUGGACGCAGAUAUCAUGGAGAAAACUGUAAAUAUUAAGGAGGAGGACUUUGAGUGGGAGUCCAUCUACCUUAAACAGGAAAGUCUGAGUAUCAAGGAGGAGGACAGUGAACUGAAGCCAGUGAGCAUUAAAGAAGAACCUGAAGAGAAGUCUGUCAGCAUUGAGACACAUAACCAUACAAAUAUGGACAGUGAAAAAGAAGACAACCUUCAAGAUGGAGUGGUCACCAGGUUAGACUCUUCUCAUAGCAAACACUGUUCAUCUCCAGAGCCUUCUAUUAAUAUGAAAUCUGAAUCAUUAGAGUCUGAACCAAAGAGGACUGUGGAAACUACAUCUGUUAGAGCUCAGAAAAAUAAGCGAUCACCUUCAAAGAAGUCUGGAAAAAGAAAGGAAGAUCACUGCAGUGUGGAAUGUGGCAGAGAAUUCUGUAACAGGAGUGCUCUUCAGAAACACAUGAGAGUUCACACGGAAGAGAAGACCUAUUGCUGUAAUGAAUGUGGUAAACAGUUUUCACGAAAAGGCCAUCUACAGAAACAUACGAGAGUUCACACCGGAGAGAAGGCAUAUUGCUGUAAUGAAUGUGGUAAACAGUUUUCACAUAUAAGCAGUCUGAAGCACCACACAAGAAAACACGCGAGAGUUCACACUGGAGAGAAGCCAUAUUGCUGUAAUGAAUGUAGUAAACAGUUUUCAGUGAUGGGCAGUCUUCAAAGACACACGAGAGUUCACAACAAAAUAAAAACAGUAGCAGUUCCAAAAUCAGUCCAGAAAAACAAGAACCUUUCAGGACUCGAGAGUGAGGUUCAGUCCUCUCCUGAAAAGUAA